AUGGGCUCCGAGGUCACCUGCAGGGGCUACCUGUCUGGCCUCCAGGUGAGGACCUGGAUUGAGCCUGUGGUGGCCUCCACUCAGGUGGCCAGCUCGCUCUACGAUGCGGGGCUGCUCCUAGUACUGAAGGAAUCCUUAGGGGCCCGAGCCUCCAACCACAGCGCCAGUCCAUCGCCCCGGGGGACCCUGGAGGACCAACAGCAGAAGGCCAUCUCCAAUUUCUAUAUCAUCUACAACAUUGUGACGGGCCUGACGCCCCUGCUGCCCGCCUACUGCCUGGGCUGGCUCAGCGACCGCUACCACCGCAAAAUCUCAAUCUGUGUGGCCCUGCUGGGCAUCCUGCUCUGCCGACUAGGGCUGCUGUUCAAGGUGCUAUGGGAUUGGCCCAUGGAGGUGAUGUACUGGGCCGUGGGCCUGAACGGGCUCUGCGGAGGCCUCUCAGCGUACUGGGCCGGGGUGAUAUCCCUGGGAUCCCUCGGCUCCUCUGAGGGCCGCCGGUCGGUUCGCCUCAUCUUUAUUGACCUGAUCUUGGGCUUGGCGGGAUUCUGUGGGAGCAUGGUCUCCGGGCAUCUCUUCCAGCAGACGUCUGGGAAAGCCUGGCAGGGCCUGGUGCUGACGGCUUGCAGCGUGAGCUGUGCCUCUUUUGCCCUUUUCUACAGCCUCUUGGUCCUGAAGGUCCCUGAGUUGGCGGCCAAGCCCCAAAAGGCACCCCCUACUGUGGACACAGUGUCGGGCACGGUUGGCACAUAUCGUACCCUGGAUCCUGAUCAGCCAGACAGGCAGAGCGUGGUGGGGUACCCUCUACCUCCUAGGAAGGCAAAGCCCCCAAAAAACAUUAUUGUCCUGCUCUUUCUGGGCGCCAUCCUCUAUGACCUGGCAGUGGUGGGCACUGUGGACGUGAUGCCCCUGUUUAUGCUGAGGGCGCCUCUCAGUUGGAACCAAGUGCAGGUGGGCUAUGGAAUGGCUGCAGGGUACAUCAUCUUCAUCACCAGCUUCCUGGGAGUCCUGGUCUUCUCUCGCUGCCUCCGGGAUACCACCAUGAUCAUGAUUGGGAUGGUCUCCUUUGGAUCAGGAGCCCUCCUAUUGAGUUUUGUGAAAGAGACGUACAUGUUCUUCAUUGCUCGAGCUGUCAUGCUGUUCGCUCUCAUCCCCAUCACAACCAUUCGAUCAGCAAUGUCCAAACUCAUAAAGGACUCUUCAUAUGGCAAGGUGUUUGUCAUCCUGCAGCUGUUGCUGACUCUGACCUGGGUGGUGACAUCCACGCUGUAUAACGAGAUCUAUCAGCUCACCAUGGAAAAGUUUGUGGGUACCUGCUUCGCUCUCUCCUCCUUUCUCUCCUUCCUGGCCAUCGUCCCGAUUGGCAUCGUGGCCUACAAACAAGCCUCAUGGUUGAAACAUGCGGACGUCACAGAGACAUGA